AUGACUGGCGGUAUGCCGAUGCAAAUGCAGUCGACAGGGAUGCCCAUGGGCAUCAUGUCCAAUGCGUCAUUCAUACAACGGCCGCCGGCGCCGCCGCCACCGCCCCCCAAUAUGAUGACACCUAUGUCGAGUGGGGUACGGCCGAUCAUGGGCCAACCGACAGGUAUGUCUCCCAUGCUUGUUCAAUCGACAGGGAUGCCUCCAAUGAUGAACCAGUCUACUGGUUUAUCGCCAAUGAUGGGCCAACCGACCGGCAUGUCGCCGAUGAUGAGCCAGCCGACCGGUAUGAGCCCUAUGAUGGGUCAGCCAACAGGACUGCCUUUGGCUGCACAAACGACAGGUGCCUUCUCGGAUCCACGCAUGCGUCUUAUGUAUACACAGUUCCUGCCAGCAGCGCAACCGUACUCCGGUGUACCAACAUCAAAUAACAUGAACUUUCACCUGGGAAGUCUGCAGCCCGCCCAGUUCCAGUCUAAGCUGCAGACACUUACGCAACAACAACCUGAACGUGCGAGGAAUCAAAUUCCGUGGACGAUGAGCAAAGAAGAGCGCAAAAGCUACGACAGCAUUUUCCGCGCUUGGGAUGCAAAACGCACGGGUUGGAUCAACGGGGACGUAGCAAAAGAGCUGUUUGGUCAAAGCGGCCUUUCUCGUGAGCAGUUACUCCAAAUUUGGCACCUUUCCGACUCAGAGAACCGCGGGAAGCUGAAUAUUGCAGAGUUCCAUAUCGCUAUGGCACUGAUUUACCGAGCAUUAAAUGGAAACGAAAUUCCACAAGAGCUUCCUUUAGAGCUCAUUCCGUCGUCAACGCGCGAUCUGAGUGAUAGCGUGGACUUCCUGAAGGAUCUGCUCAAGCAAGACACGUCCGUGCGCCAUUCAACUGCAUUAAAUCUCGCUGAGCCUGGUUCGAAUAAAGAUAUCAAGUAUAAGGAGACGCGCUCCUUUUAUCGAAAUCCUAUUGAACGCGAAGAAACAUCGCGUCCCACUGACGCUGUUGCCUACAAGCACCAAGAAUCGGAUUCAGCCGGAUACCGUAGCCGAAGCCGGUAUUUGGACCGUCGCGAAGUCCGUUUUGAUGGUCAGAGUGCAGCUGAGGGCCUUGGAGAAAUGAAACGACAGCUUGAAAAAACUCAGCGCAUGCUUGAGAGGACAGAUCUACGUGAUGAGGAGGAUCACGACUUGCAGAAUGAAAUGGAGGAUGUGCGCUAUGCGAUCCGUCGCCUGCAAGAUGACAUCGAAUACUAUAAUCGCCGCGAGGGGCCACAUGCUGGGGACCAGCGUCGUAAAGCGGAACGUACGUUAAUGCAGCUAUUACAUGAGCGACUGCCGCAGCUUGAAAAGCGACUCCAGCGUCGUCAAACCCGUGACCAACAAAAAGACCUCGAGGCAAGUCGUCAACGCGAUGCACGCAACAAUGACAAGUACGCUCAUUUACGGGAACCAAUGUCUUCUAGCGCCUCAUUGCAAGCUUCUCCAUUGGCUUCACAAGCAACAUCUGUCUCUCCUACGACCUUGACAACAGAGCCUUCAGAUAAUAAUACACGUUCUCUGGCUUCGACUAGCACCACUGCUAGCGCUACUGCAGCUCCACCAAAGCUGUCUGGUCCUGAGCGAGAAGCGUGGAUUCGGUCAGAGGCACAGCGACGGGUCCAGGAGCGGAUGCGAAUGCUUGGCGUGGGUGGCUCUGUGGAAAAGACAGCGUCUGUGGAUGCCUCUGUUGAGCAGCGCUUGGCGGCUGAGCGCAGCGAAGCUGAAGCUCGUGCUGCACAGGCAGACAAAGAAGCGAAGGAACGUGAAGAGGCACGGAAAGCACGUAUGCGAGAAAACAAGCAGGUGCCUUUCGCGUCAGCUCGAAGUCGCGCCCAACCGCCGCCACCACCAGCUCGCUCGAAUCGUCCAGCAACAAGCCAGCAAGCACCAUCUUCAUCUAAUACAUCGGCUGUACCCGCACCUCAGCCCAGGCGUAUGACAGAGCUUGAGCCUAAGCCUGAGCCUGAGCCUAAGCCUGAGCCUGAGCCUGAGCCUGAGCCUGAGCCUGAGCCUGAGCCUGAGCCUGAGCCUGAGCCUGAGCCUGAGCCUGAGCCUGAGCCUGAGUCUAGAUCUGAACCUCAUUCUGUUUCUAGCAACUCCACAACGAACCCAUUCUUGCGCUUGCAAGGUAAGGAUUCUUCCAAGCCAGAAGAAAAACAUGGCAUCCCGAAACAUAAACUCCAAGCAGAACAGGGACCCGUGUCAAAACCUGAAUCUUUCCAUGCCUCUGCAUGUAGGCCGAACGAUGAACCUUCUCGUUCUGCUAUCCCUAUGCCUUCAAAAGUUUCACCAUCUCUCCCUCCUGCACAACGGGCAACCUCAUCUGCAUCUACAUCUUCGUCUUCUCGCGGCGUUCAUUUACCUCCAUCUCAGGACGAAGACUGGGAGGAAGAAGACGACGGGGACGACGAAUAUCCGAUGAGCUCACGCGCCACUCGACAGCAUCUCGCUCAGCAAUUAUUUAGUGGUGUUGUGCCGACGCCUGAGCCAGCCACAUCAGUGCCAGAAGCGCCACCAGCGCCACCAGCACCUGCUGCGCCCCCUGCCCCACACACCUCCGCCGUGACUACUAGCUCGGCUCCAUCGAACCUCGGCGGUGGCAUGGGUGAUCGAAAUGCUUUGUUGUCACAAAUUCGUGGAGGUCAUGCACUGAAAAAGACUGCGACAAGAGAUCGAUCCGGUGCUUUAACAGCUGGCUCAGUUUUGGGCUCUGCAUCGCCGCCGCGUGGUCUCUCUACAGCAUCGGUUCCGGAGCCGGAUAGCAGUGAUGAUGAGGAGCCAGAAAGGGCCGAUCCAAUGUAUGUACAUGAUACAAUGGUCAAUGUACCUGGCGCGUAUGAUCUAGAUAUGACAAACACUGCGACGCCUACCCAUUCUAAGAGCAUGGAACCACAAGAGACGCUAGCUUUACCAAAGGAGGACGAAAGUACAGCUCUUGGCUUUGAUACGGGACGUGUGCUGCACUUUCGUAGUCUGUAUCCAUUUGAAGGUGGAGAAGGCAUGCUCACGUUUGAGGAGAACCAAGUGUUCUUGGUUCAUCCAACACUGAAUGGCGCGCCUAUGGAGGGUGACUGGACAUUUGGUGCUCUUUUAUCGAAUCCAUCGCGAAAGGGUUUAAUUCCGGCUGCAUAUGUGACAUGCAUGGAACAGGGUACGUAA